GCAGCGAAGAAAGAUGGAAACGAAGAAAGAUGGGAAUAUGGUGUACAAGCUUCGUGCUUCACUGAAGUUUCGAUGAUUUCACCCCUACGAAAAAAACCCAGAUCAUUCAGCUCUCACGAACAGGGGAAUAAGUCUUCUCAUGCAUGGAAAAAGUUUAAUCCUUUCAAGCAAAGUAUAAAGUUCCGGUGGUGAUCAUGAUGAAAUUAUAAAGUCUAUAUCUGAUGCCCCACCAACGCAUUACAUGGUCAAGAUAGAGUCUUUCUCACUCCUUACAAAGCAUGCUAUAGAGAGAUAUGAAACUGAGAGCUUUGAAGCUGGGGGUUACAAAUGGAAACUUGUUCUGUACCCAAAUGGAAAUAAGAGCAAGAACACGAAAGAUCAUGUUUCUGUUUACUUGGCUCUUGCAGACUCUAGUUCAUUAAGUCCAGGGUGGGAGGUUUGCGCUGUUUUCCGUCUGUAUUUGCUGGAUCAAAACACAGAUAGUUAUCUGAUCCUUCAAGGAAAGGAGAGACGAUUUCAUGCUGUCAAGCGUGAAUGGGGAUUCGAUAAAUUCAUCCCCACCGGUACCUUCUCUGAUGAGUCAAACGGUUACCUCAUCGAAGACACAUGUAUGUUUGGAGCUGAUGUGUUUGUUUCCAAAGAGAGAAGAAGUGGGAGAGGAGAAUGUUUUUCAAUGAUUAAAGAUGCUAAUAGCACUAAGCACGUCUGGAAAAUUGAGAAUUUCUCCAAGUUAGACAAAGAAAGCUAUGACUCAAAUGCUUUCUUCGCUGGCGAUAGAAAAUGGAAGAUAAGGUUUUAUCCAACGGGAACAAAGCAAGGAAUAGGAACCCAUCUUUCUAUUUAUCUGAUCCUUGUAGAUCCUGAAACCAUUUCAGACGGUACAAAGAUGUUUGCAGAGUUUACGAUACGAAUAUUUGAUCAGUUACAAGGCAGGCACAUUGCUGGGAAAGUUACUAAAUGGUUUAGCCGAUCAAGCUCGGAGAACGGAUGGGUUAAAUAUGUAUCAAUGGUUUAUUUCACGCAGCCAAACAGUGGACUGUUGCUCAAAGAUGCCUGUCUCGUGGAAGCUGAUGUAUGCAUUCUUGGAAUCACCAGUGCACUCUAAUCUCUUCAUGUUUGAUCUCAAAAGUCAAAUUUGUGAAUUCUAUAUUAGUUCGACGAGAAAAAGAGAGACAAUAAUGGCUGGUGUCCAAACGGGACCUGAUGUGAUGUGUGUGCUCAUGUAAUCACACAAGUGCACUUAUGAUCUCAUCAUCUUUUGGUUUCUUCCGUCUCUGAUUUCACAAAUAGCAGUAUUUGCUUGCCUCUGUUUAAAAACUUGUCACAAAAUGUUGUCCAAUUCUUUUGACAUUGAUAAUGCAAACAAAGGAUACUGAUA